AUGUCUAACAAGAAACGUAUAAGACGAUUUGGUACACGUUCCAUCAUGAAAAAACGCGUUCACCAAAGUAUACAACCAAUAACAGCAUCAUCAAUACAAUCGAAUCCUAUAUCAACAACACAAACAACCACAAUAAAUCCAUCUACAUCUUUAAAACGUUCGUCUUCUGCAUCACAACAGAAGAUUAUCAAAAAGAAAAAAUUAGAUUUAUCAUCGACAUCAUCAAAUUCAAAUAUAAAUAUUCCUAUGGAUGGAUAUACAAUCAUUCAAAAUCAAAUAUUAUUUUCUCUUAUGUCUAAGACAAAUUGCGAAGCUUGUGGAAAUCAUUGGAAUGGAACAAUGAACAUCAACAAGCGUGAAGGUUUAUUUUUGAUUAUAUGUUUUCAAUGUUCAUCAUGUGCAAAUAAAAUCACUAUUGAAACGAGUCCAAAAGUAGUUUCAUCAAAUCGUCGUGAUAUCAAUGUUAGAUCACAAAUAGGUGGACACCUAUGUGGACUCAGACAUGCUGGUUUAUCAAAAUUAGUCGGUAUUAUGAAUCUGCCAAGUCCAGUUCAAGAUGCAAUAUACUCUAAAUGGGAUAAAAAUUUAUUACCUUCAGUAAAAUCAUUUUCAAAUCGGUCCAUGCAAAAAGGUGUUGAAGAAGCUGUAGCUGCUGCAAAUAGUACAGAGCUAAUGGUUAGCGGUGAUGGGUUUUGGCAGACGCGUGGCUUUCAAAGUAGACAAGGUGCAGCAGCUGUUCUUUCUUGUGUUUCAGCACCGAAAGUACUUGAUAUUGAGACAUGCUCAAAAACGUGUAAUGUGUGUGCUCUAUCUGUUAAAAAAUCCGAUCCAGCUAAAUAUAAAGAUAUUAUUAGGUCGCAUCAAUGUGAAACAAAUCACGACAAAAGCUCCGGUGUAAUGGAAUCUCAUGCUGUUCUUACUAUGUUCAAGCGAUCAUUAUCAAAGUAUAGUGUUUAUUAUACACGAUACGUAGGUGAUGGUGAUUCAAAAACAUUUGCUGUUCUGUCAAAAACAACACCAUAUCCAGGAAAAGAAAUAAAGAAAAUUGAAGACUUGAACCACUUCAGCAAAAGAAUGAAAAGAGCAUUAGAAACAAAAAAGCGAGAGCUUGGAAGAAAAAAAUUAUCGGAUGGCAAAACUAUUGGUGGUAAAAAUCGACUUUCAGCUCAAGCAAUUAUUCGGCUUCAAAUGGCGUUUCGGUCCACCAUUAAAAAAUGCAAAAACAAUCUUAAUUUGUUGCGCCAAAGAUCAUGGGCCAUCUUCUGGCAUAAAUAUUCCACCAACAACGAACCUCAUCACGAAUGGUGUAGUGUAGACUGGUGCGGUUAUUUGAAAUCUAUUCGUGAUGGAACUUCAUAUGACCACACAUCACAUGCUUUACCACGCGCUGUUCUCGAUGUUAUCAAGCCAGUUUUCAAGAACUUAUGUUCUCGAGAAAGUCUUACUCGAGUAAUUGAUGCAUCAAGUUCAAAUCCCAAUGAGGGAUUCCAUUCACUUGUCUGGCUCAUGUCACCGAAACAUAAAGCAUCGUCUGGAACAACGUUUCAAAUUGCUUGUCAUCUUGCUGUUAUCAUAUUUAAUGAUGGUUAUUUAGCACUAGUUAACUUACUCAAUGCUGAAUGCGGUUAUCGUGGUCAUUAUACUGAACAAGCAAUGAUUCAUUUCGACAACAGCCGUCUUCAUACGGAAUCAAAAGAAAUGAACAGAAAAAAAAGAAAAGAAGCAAGUCGUAUUGUGCAGCAAAAUACUGGUAAUGAUAAUGACGAUGGUGAUGGUGGCAGCGAUGGUGAUAGCGAUGGUGGUAGUAGUGGUGUUAAUGACGAUGAUAAUGAAGAGGUUGAAACAACUGAUGGUGAUGAUGAAGAAACAACUGAUGGUGAUGAUGAAGAAACAACUGAUGGUGAUGAUGAAGAAACAACUGAUGGUGAUGAUGAAGAAACAACUGAUGAGAUUCCAUUACACCGGAGCUUUUGUCGUGAUUUGUUUCACAUUGAUGCGACCUAA